GGCUGAAGGACAACUGACGACUUCUGUGAAUACAACAUGAACGUUCUUGGCGUGAAGAAAAAUGUCUGCUGUGUUACCUGCUGUAGCUGAGCAGCUUUUCCGAGAUAUCCAUAACAUUUACCAGGAAACAUCUCAAAUUCCUGAUGACUUACUUAUUGCGCUAACGUUUGUUUUUGGUCAAUGCGCUGUACAAGCUUUGGAUCUGGUCGACCAGCACUCAGUCACAUGUUUGUCAUCGCCAAGUGGACGUAAAGCCUUCCAGGUCACAGGAGGCUCAGGAUGUUUGUACACCUGCUUCGCUUCCUGCCACUACUGCCCCUGUCCAGCCUUCGCCUACAUGGUGCUGCGGAGGAACAAAGGCCUGCUGUGCAAGCACAUCCUGGCUGUGUACCUGUGUGAGGCCAUGGGUGUGACUCACACGCAAAGCGUGCCUGAUCAGCAGAUGACGGUGUUGCUCAGUGGGACUUCACCAUCGUGACGCACACAUAUUCCUCUGUGACCCAGCAGGGAGGAUGUGGACACUGGAUGCUGCAGACUUAAGAAGCUUCCUCGCAGGUGGAAACAAAAGAGGCCAAUCAAGCAGAUUUGUUAGCCCAGCAGGAGUUCUGGGGACAAACGCCGUGUCCUUGUCGGCGCCGUGUCCUGAACAUCGCUUGAGCCCGUUUCCUGGGGUGACGUCAGGCGGCGAGCGCUUGCUAAUGAAUCAGACACAUGCGGACACACACGUAGCACCAACAACCUCUUUCACACUAAUCCCAGUCCUGUGCUAAUGACCAACAAUAACGUUUGGGUUUGAAACUUACUUAUUAAGUACACACUUCAAAGGUUUAAGCGUGAUCACUGAUUGGUUCCAAAGAUUGGAUUUUUGAAAGGAGAAGUUUAAAGGUUAGCUCACUGACAGAAAAUCAGUGAUCUAAUCAGGUGGUGUCCUGGUGCUAAUGACAGCCACUAGGGGGCGCAUUUGCAUGCCUCUGGGAAUUGCUGUAAUGCGAUUGGACAAAUCAAUUCAUCUGACAUGCAAUUUAUUUUCUCUGUUUUACAAAUGCAAUAACUAGAAAGCAAACAAGAUAACUCAUGCAAUUAUUAGAUUUACAUGCCCGUAAGGGGAAAUCUAUUCCAAUGAAUGUGCAGCUUCAAUAUUAACUACUCACAAAAAGUUAAAAUGCAUUAAAGCCUUUACAGGUCGACUUCUUUAACCUUCCCUAAACUUUGAAAUCUUCAAUGUUUCACUAAAACAACCAACGGUGGCCUAGACUUUUGCACAGUGUGAUAAAAAGAAACACCAGAUAAGGCAAAGUUGUGAUAAAAGUGUUCAAAGAAGCAGUAAAUAAAGUUUUGCUUUUAGACAAGCUGUCAAUCAUUAUCCCAGUUUAGCACCACUCCAGCAUUAUUCUUGUCGUAAAUGAGCCCAAUGGGGACUCCCGGGACAUUUGUGGCGUGUGAACUCUGCCCUGUGGCCAUCAGCAACAACACAGCCACCACCUCAGGGCCAAUGAAUUAUAGACCACACUGCUGCUCAUGUUGAGCCUCACACCUGUUCUUCUCCAGCUUUGCUCGCUAAGUAAAGCUUAAACAUUAAACCCGCCAUCACCCCAACCCCCCGAUCCCGGCUUGCUGUUUUAAGAGUCAAAUAGUAGCUGUCCAGUCGGGUUGGUGACUGGAUUAGUUGUGGCAUGACGCAGCACACUGGCAUCCUUUUUUUUCUAUGUACUA